AGCCCAAACGUGCCCUCGACUCGUUUUCAUCUUUGAACCAAGAACAAAAGUAUUCCCUCCUUCAAACACUGUAGACAUUCAAUUGUCAGGAAACAGAGAGGAGGCUUUGGGAAUCGCCAUCCAUGGAAGAAGCAGAGGAAGCAGGAGAGACCCAGCUCACUCGGGCUCGGCAUAUCAAGAAGAGGUCUCUCAAGAACAAGGCUCUCUCCGUUUCUUUUGACGAGAAAGACCUCAGGGAUUAUGUGACUGGGUUUCACAAAAGAAAGAAGAAGAGGAGAAAGGAAGCUGAAUUGCAAUUACAAGAAGUACAUCGGCGGAAGCGCAUUGAGGCACGUAAAAAGAGAAAGAUGGAGAGAGAGCUUGUAUAUGGCGGAGGUCCAGCAGAAACAAGUGCUGGACCUGAUGAAGCUGGAGAGGAUGCAGAACAGGAUGAAGAAAUUGAGCCAGUUCCAUCCAUUUCUGGGCUUGGUUUUGAUUCAGUUGAAGGAACAGCAUUAUAUGACAAUGGUGACGUUCGAGUUACAGUGACAACAAGUGAGAUUUCUCGUGAAGAAGAGCUUCCAAUUGAGAGACCACUGGCAGCAGCCCUCCCUUCCACUGUUGGGGAUGCCAAGAAGCAGCACAAAGUGCCUGUGAAUAAGAAGAAACCAUUCAAGAGAGUUGUGAAGACCAGGCCACGUAGAAAGCAACAGAAAAAGAGAGACAUAAGAAAGGGAAAGACAAUAAAUAACAAUCGUUGAUCGCAAUUCGUUAGUUUUCCUUUCCCCUUUCUAGUAAUGAGGGUGUUUCCGGGUUGAACCAAGGUACCUGCUGGGGAGAAAUGGUCAAGUUUUUGCCUGGCAUUUGUUUGACAGAUUCGUGUUACUGUUUUUAACUUGAUUGAAUGUUCGUUAUUGUAAAAUUGUGAUGCUCAGUCUUAUAUCUAAUGCUCUCUUUCUUGAUUUUUA